UGGCACAGCGGUUGACACCUGUCACCAGUGCUGUGAAAGUUGGUUGUCCUGGGUUCAGCUCCCGUCGGGGGCAUGCAGUUCUUUCCGUGCAAGUGGCAUCUGUUUACAGUGUUGACUGCCUUGCCGUGAUGUAGUCGUAGUUGCUGGCUCGGCGUAAAACUCCCCAUAACAUUCCCCAUCCCUCUCCCCGCUCAGCCUGCGGAGUACCACAGCCAUGCAUGUUCUGCGAUCGAAGAGCCGCAUCCGGCUAACGGCGUCAUGCAACCAUGGCAACUGACCUUAUUAUGGGGGAAGCAUGUACUCAAUGUACUCAUAGCGCCCCAUCUGCAUCUGCCUUUGAUGUUUACCGACAAGGCCGGCAGCAGCUUCUGCAAAUAGCCUGCUACUCAAGAAUGUAGGGUUGGCCCAGCCCGUUGUGCGCGGUUUUAAAAGUCGUCCACGGCGAACGUUGACUGAAGGCUGUUUUUUUUUUUUCCAAACAAUCCGUCUAAGAGUGAAUGAUAUAAUUAUAUGCACGUGCGAUUAGCGCGCUCACUCUCAGUGCUAACGAUUUAACCGAGCAGGACCGACGGAGGAGAAGAAUAUCAGGGAAAGUAUAAAGGCGAUGCCAUGAAAAUCAAUGUGCUGGAAGCAGACGAGAACAAGGGGCGAGGGCGAAUCUCACGACGAGGGAAGCACAGUCGUCCAUGACGUCAUCGCACGGCUGCCAGGAUGCGCUCAAAGACCAGAGUGCACGCAGCGCCAGGCGCGCCCUUCCACACAGAUGGUCAUGGCCGAACAAGUCCCUCUGAUGCACAGGUGGCCUUGGAACUGCUUGAUGACAAACAAAAUGAUAAAAACAAAAAGGAGGAAAAGCCCAAAAUGGUUGGACCAUUGGAAGUCUUUCGUUUUUCAGAUAAAUGGGACCGGCUGUUGAUGAUUGUGGGCUUAUUUUGUGCAGCAGCUAAUGGAGCUGCUCUCCCAGCCAUGAUUAUUGUUUUCGGUGACAUGAUUGAUCUGUUUGUCAACUCUGGGAUUGCUGACGCUUUUAUUAAGGACAUAAGUGGCUUUCUGUUUGCUCAGAAUAUCACUUCAGAGAUGUUGUCUGAAAAUCCAAAACUACUUUUAUCUCUCUGUCCCAACAUAACUGAUUUCUACGGUGGAAACAUCACCUGUAAGCGUCUGGAUAUGACGGAAAAGCUACUCGACAAAAUGACUGAGUUUGCAAUAUACUAUUGCAUCAUUGGUGUGAUUGUGCUAGUCUGCGGCUAUGCUCAGGUGUCUUUCUGGAUGACGGCAUCAGAGCGGCAGUCCCAUCGCAUUAGGAAUAAAUUUUUUUACAGUGUCUUGAGCCAAGACAUUGGUUGGUUCGACACACAUGAGACAGGAGAACUCAAUACUCGCCUAGCAGAGGACAUUCUCAAAAUACAUGAUGGCAUUGGAGACAAGAUUGGCAGUCUAUUCCAAUUUGUAGCAGGUGCAAUUGCUGGUUUUGUCAUCGGCUUUUACUAUGGGUGGAAACUGACCUUGGUCAUUCUGUCAGUUAGCCCAUUGUUGGCGGUCUCUGCUGGUGCUUUUAGCAAGCUUGCUUCUACCAUGACGAGCAAAGAACUCUCAGCCUAUGCCAAAGCAGGAUCUAUAGCAGAGGAGGUUUUUAGCUCCAUUCGCACAGUGGUGUCAUUUGGGGGACAGGCAAAAGAGGCAAAGAGGUAUGCCGAUAACCUUACUGAGGCUAGAGCUUUUGGCAUAAAGAAAGGUUUUACCAAUGGCAUGGUCAUGGGCAUCGUGUGGCUUAUCAUCUUUGGCUGCUAUGCACUGGGUUUCUGGUAUGGUGGUAAACUGACACGAGACGAGCCAGAAAAUUACUCCAUUGGCAAGAUGCUAGUGGUGUUCUUCAGCGUUCUUAUUGGUGCAUUCUCUCUGGGAAAUGCUAGUCCCAAUUUCCAGACUUUGGCAAACGCACGGGGUGCUGCCUACACCAUAUUCCAGCUGAUAGAUCAGAAAUCUAAAAUUGACAACAUGAUGGAGAGUGGUAGAAGACCUGAGUCAGUUCAUGGCACAAUAACAUUCAAGAAUAUUCACUUCAGCUAUCCAUCAAGGCCAGAAGUUAAGGUACUGAAUGGCUUAAACCUUACAAUCCAACCAGGACAGACAAUGGCACUGGUUGGUUCAAGUGGCUGUGGCAAAAGCACCACAGUGCAGCUCCUGCAGCGUUUCUAUGACCCCCAGGAAGGACAGGUUCUGCUGGAUGGGAUUGACAUCCGAGAGCUAAAUGUCCGCUGGCUUCGCAGCAACAUAGGAGUUGUGUCCCAAGAGCCAGUACUUUUUGCUACAACCAUUGCUGAAAAUAUUCGCUAUGGUCGUGAUGGGGUCACACAAGCUGAAAUAGAGCAGGCUGCUAAAAAUGCCAAUGCUCAUGACUUCAUCAUGGCUCUGCCUGAAAAAUAUGAAACCAUGGUUGGUGAGCGUGGUGCUCAGUUGAGUGGCGGACAGAAGCAGCGUGUGGCUAUAGCCCGGGCCCUGGUGCGCAAUCCCCGUAUACUCUUGUUAGAUGAAGCAACAUCAGCUCUGGACACUGAGAGUGAGAAAAUUGUUCAGGAUGCCCUUGAUAAGGCAAGCAGAGGGCGGACCACUAUUGUCAUUGCUCAUCGACUCUCGACAAUCAAGACAGCAGAUAAGAUCUCCAGCUUCAAGGAUGGUGAAAUCUUUGAGCAAGGAACCCAUGAGGAGCUGAUGGCUAGGAAUGGAAUUUAUCAUCAGCUCGUUACAAAUCAGACCAAGGAGCACAAUAAAGAUGAGGAUGAAGAUGACAUGGAGGAAGAAGAUGAAAUUGAGGGUUUUGAGCGGAUUGGAUCAGGUCGUAGAAGUGCACGCCAACUUAACCGUAUGAUGUCUGAUGAUGGUAAAAAACUGGAACGGAUGCUUAGCGCAGAGGAAGAAAAGAAGAAGGAAAAGAAGGAGGAAGAGAAGCUGCCUCCUGCUCCGUUUACCCGCCUGAUGAAGAUGAACGGCCCUGAGUGGCUUUGGAUUUUGUUUGGCUGUAUUGCAGCUAUCAUCAAUGGUGGAAUCCAGCCUGCGUUUGCCAUCAUCUUCAGCAAAAUCAUUACUGUCUUCUCAGAGUUGGACACGAACAAACAGGAGCACGACAUAAUGAUGUACAGCCUCAUCUUGGUCGGCUUGGGUGUCCUCUCAUGCCUUUGCAUGUUCAUGCAGGGGUACUUCUUUGCAGUAUCUGGGGAGAAUCUGACAGUACGUGUUCGAGAUUUGACCUUCCGAGCAAUGAUACGACAGGAAAUAGCGUGGUUUGAUGAUAAUGAUAACAACACUGGAGCAUUGACCACUCGGCUGGCCACAGAUGCCUCACAAGUGCAAGGGGCGACUGGCAUCAAACUUGGCAUGAUGAUUCAAAAUGUCGCCAACAUGGGCACAGCUCUUGUCAUCUCCUUCAUAUAUGGCUGGCAGUUGACUCUGCUUAUCAUCGGGUUCUUGCCAUUCAUCAUUGCUGGUGGAUACAUGCAGAUUCGCAUCAUGGCAGGCGUUGCAGGAAGUAACAAAACUGCUCUAGAGGAGGCUGGAAAGACAGCAACAGAAGCCAUUGAAAAUAUUCGCACAGUUGUUUCCCUUGGGCGGGAGGAGACCAUGCACAAACGAUUCCUGGGUCAUUUGGAAACACCAUACAAAGCAGCUUUGAAGAAAGCGCAUGUUGUUGGCUUUGCCUUUGGUUUUUCACAGGCUGUGAUCUACUUUGUCUAUGCUGCUGCCUUUGUCCUUGGGGCUUACCUGAUUCAGGAGGGUAAAAUGGUCUUUGGAGAUGUCAUGUUGGUUUUCAGUGCCAUUGUUUUUGGUGCAAUGGCACUUGGCAAUGCCAGUGCAUUUGCCCCAGAUGCAGGCAAGGCACAAGUGUCAGCACAGCGCAUCAUCAAGCUGCUGGACAAGCAACCAGUCAUUGACAGCGAGUCUCAAGAUGGAGAUAAACUACAAGGCUACACAUCAAAUGUAGUAUUUAAAGAUGUCCGAUUCCACUACCCAACCCGACCAGAUGCCAAAAUUUUGCAAGGGCUGAACGUCACGAUCAGGCAAGGUCAGACAGUGGCUCUAGUUGGCUCAAGUGGCUGUGGCAAAAGUACAACAGUUCAACUUAUUGAACGUUUUUAUGAUGCUGAGGAAGGGAUUGUGUACUUGGAUAACCACGACAUCAAGAAUUUAAAUGUACAGUGGUUGCGAGCUCAGAUUGGCAUUGUCUCACAAGAACCAGUGCUGUUUGAUCGCAGUCUGGCAGAGAACAUUGCUUAUGGUGACAACUCACGGGUCAUAGGCAUGGAUGAGAUCAUUUCUGCAGCUCGUGCAGCCAACAUUCAUGAGUUCAUUGCAUCGCUGCCUAAUGGCUAUGAAACGCUAGCUGGAGAUAAAGGGGCUCAACUCAGUGGAGGGCAGAAGCAGCGGAUAGCCAUAGCACGUGCAUUGGUCCGCAACCCUCGCAUCUUGCUUCUGGACGAAGCAACAUCUGCUUUGGACACAGAGAGCGAAAAGGUGGUGCAGGAGGCUUUGGAUAAAGCCCGGGAAGGCCGCACCUGUAUCGUCAUAGCUCACCGUCUGUCCACAAUCGUCAAUGCUGACAAGAUCUGUGUUAUUCGUCAUGGCAUUGUUACUGAAGAAGGAAAGCACGCAGAACUCAUGAAUAAACAAGGAUUCUACUACAAACUGAAUAUGGCCCAGAGCAGACAGAAAUAAAAAUAAAUACCCUGAGGCUGUGUGUGUGUGUGUGCGUGCACAUCCCUGUAUGUGUUCAAUCUUCAAAAGCCAUGCAGACUUUGGCCAUGUGGAAAUUGACAAACACUUCUCCAAAUUAUCACGAGGAACAGAAUUGCUUAACACAUGCUGAAACUUUUUUCUGAAAGAUUUUCUUGCAUGACAGACAUGCUUACUACCUGUGUCUUGACAUUCAGAGGUCUGCGUUUUUUGCCUUUCGACAAGAUCGCAGGAAGAAUGCAUCGGUACUUCUGUUCAUUAUGAAACAAAAUGAUUAUUCUUCUGAAAACUCUUUUGGCUGUUGAGAAGACGUAACCGAAUGAGUGAUCAUAUCAUUAACCCUUUAUCCUAAAUGGUGUUUCAGGUUUGUCUUUUUGGGAGAUGAGAAAGUUGUCUCCCAUAGCAAAGAGGGUGUCUUAGGAAAAAUGUCAGUCUGAACCCAACUAUGAUCAUGGGAGUGAAAUGUUAGGAGCAUUUUUGGAAAUUGAUGUCUUUAAUUGAUUCUUUUUCAUCUGAUGACAUUCUCGUAUCAAUAAUUUUUGUGUUCCAUACUGAUUGUUUUAUCGAUGACCAAUAUUCUUGUCAAUCACUUUCUAAAAAAAACUAAAAAUUGAAUAAGUACUGAAACAAAGAACAUGCAUUAUAAGAACUACAUGGACAUUUUCAGGUUCAUCUGACUGGCUGGCCUUUCAAAUACUAUAUAUUUUACAUGUAUAAACCAUAAAGUUUUUAAUAACAAGAUCUUGCCUUUGUCCAUUCCAUUCCAUUUAAUGUUUAUAAUGUGUUUAGUCAUAACUACGAGCCCUAACAAUACUUCUGAAAUAUUGCACUAUGCUCCACAUUAUAAUUUGAACUUCACUUUUGUGUUAUGUCCAUGUGUUAUGUUAUGUCCAUGGUUAUGUUAAUUUUUUUUUAACAUUGUUGACAAGAAGGUUUUUUUGAAACUGAGAAAUAGAAAGUCAAACAAAUUAAAAAAACUAACAAACAAUGCUAGGUACUCACUGAAACGUACCAUUUUUUCAGAGAAACAAAUGUGUGGGCUGCAUCAUUUGAUUCUUGUCUUCAUUUUUUAAAAACUGUUUUCUAAACAUGAUUUGAUGCUUUUUCAGAUUGCUUUAAAAGUUGAAGGAAAUACUAGAAAACCACAGAAAAAAACAGGUAUAAAAGAUUUUGUAAUAAGUCAGUAACUUCUGAAAAUUUAACAAGAAUGUUUUGUUUGAAUGUUGUAGGUAUAGUGUUCUAUGUGAAGCAAUAUAUAUUUUUGUACUAUUUUUUAUUUAUUAGGAACAUGAUUCUUUACAUGACUUGUUGACAUUUCAGCUCUUUCAUCAUAAACUUGUGAUACAGAACUUUAUUAUGAUUCUAGAACAACACAACUGCUGUUUUUUUUUUUUACAUAAAAAAAGGGGAGGGACUUUGCUCAAUGAGGAAUAUGUCAAACUUCUUCCCUCAACUCUUGAGCUCCCGAAAUUCAGAUUUUUUUUCAAUACUGUUUGAAUGCCAUGUUGUCUCAAUUCACAAGCAGGAACAAUUGUAUUAGUGUGAAAUUAGAAGGAACAAUUGUAUUAGUGUGAUGCUGAAAGGCCUAGACCCGCGGUUCUCAAACGACGUGCUUACAAGGGGGGCGCGAAGGUGGUCAGUUUCUUAUACCGGUAUUAGUGAAAGUAGCUUACAUUGCUGGCUAAGGGGGGCGCGCGGAUGUACCUUUGUUCGUCAAGGGGGCAUCACAACUAAAAGGUUGAGAACCGCUGGCCUAGAUUUUGUUGAUGGCAAUGAGAGAUGUUUUCACUUUAACAGUCUUGUUUAAAAAAAGAAUCAAAAGGUCAGGUUAAAUGAUGACGGGUAAAUCAUAUUUGACUUGCAAUCAGCUUUGAAUAUGAUUUUUUCAUGUUUUAAUAAUUUUAAUUAGUGUAUAUAAAAGAAUAUUUGCAGAAGCACAAAAAUGUGUAUGUGUGUGUGUGGGUGCAUGCAUGGGUGAAAAAAAGGGCAAAAUGUAUGCAUUAACUUGUUGAUUUUAUCAACUGGAUUACAGAUCAACCUGAUAAUGCCAUUUAUCUCACUUUUGUCAGCAGAAAGUUGUUUAUAUCUAUAUAUAUCUCCAGUAUAAAGCAGUAAUAAUAAUGUCACAUAAAUCAUCUGAUCACAUUUAAAUCAGUGAUGUUUCUUUCUGUAACGUGUGGGGCACCCAAUAUGCUCUUUUUUCACAGAUUCAAUUCUCUGUUGUUGCUUUCUCUCAUACACUUCACUUAGAAACUGUUGCUGGGUGCCUUUCUUUCAUUCAAAGGCUUACGUUUCUUCCUCAUGAAAGAACUCAAGUGACAACUAUGCCUUAGUAUGGGAAAACAAUCUUGUCAGAAUUAGCUCAAAUGACGACUAUGCCUUAGUAUGGAAUAGUAACCUUGUUGGAAUUACUUUUGGUCACUCCAUAUGCUUAACUGGCAAGGUUACUGACAACAUGCUGACGAGCACUUAAAACAGAAGAGAGAGGUGAAAUGAGCACAUUAAUAACAUUAUUAAUUUGCCUACUGUCUUUUUGUCAGCAGUAAAGUCGUAUGUAAAGAUGCUAGAAGUGAUGAAACAGAAUUGAAUUGUGUGCCCAUAUUGUCUCUGCUGCCUUUGUUUGUUCAUAAUUGUUCAUCAGAAUAUCAGUGACACAAUUGUCUGCAAUAAUACCAAAGAGUGUGAAGUCCAUAGAUUUUGGACCAAAAUAUGCCCCGUGAUGUAUUGUGAUUUUUAAAAAUUGAAUUAGAAUUAUUGUGUUCUGAUUUAUUUAAAGUGACAAAGGCUAAACAAAAGAAUUUUGACCUACAUGCUGUUAUUUUUGACUGUUAUUAUGGUUACCAUGGUUCUCUUUUUAAUUCAUAUGGCGAUUGAUCAUUUUUAUGCUUGUUUUUUCUUGGUGUCUUUUGUUUUUAGUAUGCAUGUAUACCAUAGACGUGAUAAAGUCUGUGAUGUGCACAUUUAUUUUGAAUGUGCAUGAGGUGAUAUAUUACUCAGUGUGUAUGUGCCUGUAUGAAGUAACCUUUGUAUGUUUGUGUGUGUAGGUAUAAAGUGUGAUGCAGAAACAUUUAGGUGCUGUCUAUAGCAGCAAUUUGUCAAGUUAAUCUAUAAUUAUCAUAAGAAACGAAUCUCAAACAACCUGCUCUUUUCAAUUUCACCUUUGUUUUUGAUAACAAAUUCAUUUUAUAUCCUUUGUUAAAUGUUAUUCCACAAAUUUUCAGGCAUAAUCCAUUCAUAGCAGACAGUUUGUUGUAUGUUUCUGAUAUCAUUGCCUUAAACAUUUGGCGAAACAUCAGACUGAUUCUUUAUCCCCUUUGUUCAUCCUCUCUCUUUUUCUUCUGGUGUUAGCUUUCAUUUUUUUACUUAGCCAGUGAACAUUAAUUAUUAUUAAAGCAGGUGUUUAUGACAGUUUCUCAUGUUAAGUAAGUGAUGAAAACCUCACAUGACCAUACACCUGUAUUUUAUGUAAUUAAACUUGUUGAUAAUGCA